AUGGUCCAGUUUCUCCUGUCAUUAUUGGCAUCUACCGUGGCAUGGUGUGGGAUCUGCGUGGCAGGGAAUAUCUCGGAGGUAAUGUCCCAAUUUGUUUUAAAUACAUAAUUUGUUCUGGUGUUUACUUUUUGCGUACACAGCUAGUAAACUGGAAUAUGACCCACGGCCUUGCUACUGGGAGACAUUCGUACUGGUCAAGAUUACAAAACAGGACUUAAUGCAAGUUAAACAUAUCACUACUACGAAUAAUGAAUCAUCUUUGCAAUAUUGUGAGAGAUUAUACAGGUUAUUCACUAUAGUGUGAGCUGUCAGAAAUUCAAAGUAAAUUCUAAGUUCACUGAAAAUCCCGAUGUGCCUCAUUUGUUUUCUCUUUCGUUGGGAAUUGUUCAUUUCAACUUUGGAGAUUUAAUAUUUUUGAGAUGUUGCUGAGUUUUAAAGAAGAACAUCUUUGAAUAAAAUUCUCUUCAGAAUUGUCAUUUUUCUCAUCUUUAUUUUGAGGGACAAACAAAAAAAAAGCAUCUUUAUUAAAUGUUUGACUCAAAAAUAGUCUCUGUUUGCAAUGUAACAAACUAAUGUAUAAUCAGAAGUUUCUUAUUUGUGAUAUUUUUAUCAUUCUGGCAAAAUAAUAAAAGUAAAGAAAGUUUGGUUUUUUUAUUGAAAUAUAUUUGUUUUCCAGUUAUUCCUGCACAGGUUGCAAGAAGAUGAGUUACUGUCAUAUUUUGGAACAAGCACCAUUGCAGGUACGUUUUGUGGUGGGGAGUAUGUUAGAAUAAUCUGUGAAAACAAACUGGCCUUUCAGUGGCACCCCAGUCGGAGGCUUCCUGAUUUAAAACUUAGACUGCACCAGAAAUAGCUGGACAGAGCGAUUCUACAUUUUUGGGGUUAAACUGUUCAUUAAUGGUUUGACCCCUUGUGAAAAGCUGGCUCACAGGAACUUCCUUGUACCAUAACACCUUUAUCACAAUGAAAUUGUGAUGGUGCCCGGAGUGUUCCUUUAAACCUUUGGGGGGAGUUUUCUAUUUUUGUCGACAUCUUACAAUUCAGUUUUCAGAGCAUUAAAAUUCAGCUCUAUAUGCAAUGCACUCUGCUAAAGUGAUGUUAUUUCUUGCUUUUCUUCAGUGAAAAAUGAAUGUAUUUACCCUACGCAUUUCAUGGUCUUUAAAUACUUUGUGACCUUACAUAUGUAAGAUCUGAGCAUUUAGUCUACACAACGUGACGUUCCACCAGUGUGAUAAUCAUUUUAUAUUUUUAACUCCUCUCUGUUGGUGUCCCCCAAGGUUCAGUCCUUGGUCCCCUACUGUUCUCCAUCUAUAUUGACUCCCUUGGUAAACUCAUUAGCUCCUUUGGCUUCCUAUAUCACGUCUAUGCGGAUGACAUGCAAAUCUACCUGUCCUCUCCUGAUCUUUCCCCAUCCCUCUUGACUAGUGUCUCUGACUGCCUCUCUGCUAUUUCUAACUGGAUGGCUGGCCACUUCCUUAAACUAAACUUGACCAAAACUGAAAUUCUGUUAUUUCCUCCCUCAAGUGUUGUUACUCCUGUGUCUGUCUCCCUCCAAGUCAACGGUGCUACCAUCAGCUCCACCACGUAGGCUUGCUGCCUAGGUGUUCUCUUUGACUCCGACCUCUCCUUCAAGCCUCCUGUUCACUCUAUCGCCAAAUCCUGUCAUUUCCAUCUCAAAAACAUUGCGCGCAUCCACCCCUACUUAACGCCAGAUGCAACUAACGUGUUGGUCCAUUCCACUGUCCUUUCUCGCCUUGACUACUGUAAUCCGCUUCUCAGUGGUCUUACGUGCUCCCAACUUGCGCCGUUACAGUCCAUAAUGAAUGCGGCAACGAGGCUCAUCUUCCUGUCCGCCCGCACCUCCCAUGCCUCACCCUUCAGUCAGUCCCUACAUUGGCUUCCUAUAAAAUAUAGAGCUCAAUUUAAAAUUCUGGUUCUUGCUUUCAAAUCUCUACCUAAUGCUGCUCCCACCUAUCUAUCCUCCGGUAUACACAAGUAUGUCCCGUCUAGGCCCUUACGAUCUGCUGAAGACUUACGUCUAUCUUCUGUCCGUACUCCCACCUCUGAUGCUCGCCUUCAAGAUUUCUCGAGGGUUGCACCGUUCCUGUGGAACUCUCUUCCCUCCUCCAUUAGAUGCUCACCCAGUCUCCACUCCUUCAAAAAAUCGUUAAAAACCCACUUCUUUACAAAAGCGUAUCAAUUAAACUGUUAAUAGCUCCUGACUGAUUCCUCUUCUGCAACUGUCACUAGACUAAUACUAUCCUUACCUUUUUGUGUCAUUUUACCCCACUCCCUCUAGCAUGUAAGCUCAUUGAGCAGGACCCUCAACCCCUCUGUUCCUGUGUGUCCAACUUGCCUGGUUACAACUACAUGUCUGUUCGUCCACCCAUUGUAAAGCGCUGCGGAGUUUGAUGGCGCAGUAUAAAUAUCAUAAUAAUAAUAAUUCCAGGACUUUACCUUUUUGGUUUAAAACCCAGGCAUUUUUCAGAUACUGCGUGGAAAGCAAAAUAUUUGAAUUACUGUUAUAUCAAACGUAAACAGACUUACAAAUUAUUAGUGGCAAUAUCAGGGAAAAAAUAAGAAACUUGUAAUUAUUAAUGAAUCCCUCAAUAACCUUAUAAUCGAUUAUUCUUGUGUUGUCCGCAGAAUCUGAUAUUGACAUUAUCAAUCUUACGUGUUCUUGUGAUAACCUUGAGAUGUCCGGGUCAUGCUUGGUCAAAACCUGCACCUUAAAACGAAAUGAAGAAACCUAUAAAUUCAGAUUUACAGACGCUCAGAGACCGGUCACUACAGAGCGCGUUCUCAAUUCAACUGCGCACGCUCUGAAGAAUUUCCCAGAAGGCUGUGGGGCACAUGGCAUCAUAUUGCACCCAGCAAGGGCGAGUUCCAUCAUCAGUUAUUGCGAAGGAGAGUUGGUGAGCCCUAUUCCCACUGAGCUUACAAUCUAUUCAGAGAAAACAAAAUACAUAAUGGGAAUUUAACCAACAUUAAUUAAUAUAAUUGUGUUAUUUUCAUUAUUUAUAAUAGCCAAAUUUAUUUUAUAAUGAUGUACUCCUGGAGUGGGUUUGCAGAUCAGCCAUUGAUCUUUCAGUCUUGGAAUGUCUUAUUAGAUACAGUAUUGCAUAAAUGAAUUAGACGUGUUAUACACCCUAUAAAUAAAACGGAACAGCAUUGUUUAAAUCUGUAAAAACCUCUGUGGGUCAGCGUCCUAUCCAAUUUCAGGGUGUCUUUGGCAUGUUAAAGGGAUACUCGCACCAAAACAAUACAGAUCUACAAAAAUUACAUCUUUAGAUAUGAAGUGCUCUUAAAAAAAAUCUAGAAUAUAAUUGGCAAAAGCUAGUGCUAUGAGGCCUGGGAGAAAUUAAAAAAUAGGUUGAGGGUAAUUCCACUUAAAUGAUGAAGCAUUUUGGCAAACAAACUGAGCUGUACAGACGUAUUGCUAUUUGCAGGGGGGGUAAGAUGGAAUCCUGAAAACCGCUGUUAUCGAUUAUGAAAUCAUGUGUUCGCUGUCAGUGAUUCACUAACUCUGUUUCACAACAUCCGAAAGGGACGGGCAGAAAUUGCUGCAUGUUUGCUGUGUUUUUCUGGAAUAAAAAUCAAAAACAACACUAAUUGAUUUUUCUUUCUUCUUUUUUUAAAAUCCUGCCCGUGGCACACUAUUGCUGUAUUCACUGUUGGUCAGCGUGGAUUUGUCAUCGUGGCUGGGGAGCAGCUAUUUAUACAGCCGGUGAAGAAAAAACAUUUAAUGUCCCUGGAGGAACAGAAAUUGUCAAAUCCUCAUCUUCUGUAUAGAGCUGGAUUUUCAUUAUCUGCAAAUAUCGGUAAGAAAACAGAAUUUCUGUUUUUUUCCCACCAGUAUCAGCACAUGCAUACAGUAUAUAUAAUGUAAAUACAGAUUGCAAGCUCUUUAGACUGGAUAAUAUAAUAAAUAUUUACUGAAUGCUUUUUAAUCCUCUUUUGCCUAGAGACGCAAUCUUAAACUUAGCCUUCUCCCACACACUACAGCAACGUUUGUAGGUCAAACUUUAUGCCUACAUUGCAGGGAUUAUUUUGCAGGCUGCAAUAAGACCAUUCAGUGCCCCGUAUAGUGUACACUGAUCAACCACAACACUAAAACCACAUGCCUAAUAUCGUGUAGGUCACCCCAUGCUGCCAAAACAGAUCUGAUGCUUCAAGGCAUGGACUUCACAAGCCCUCUAAAUCAAGCCACUACAAUUUUCUUUUAAGUGAACUAAACCCUGAUUAUAUAGCAAAUCUACCCUUGUGUGUUAGAAUUUGCUAUGACAUUAUUUGCUUUAUCUAUCUUGUGAGUCUUUAUCUACUUUCCAUAUUUCUGACGCAGGCAUCCACAGGACUUGCGUUGUCGCAGACUGCGCCGGUUUUCCACACAGUGUGUAUUUUAAGACUAUCUGUCUAUUUUUUUUUUUUAUUGCAGUGUCAUCUCCCACCACUGUCUUUCACUCAAUAAAAAAACGCUCACCAGCCGACGUGAAGCACUUGGAGCUGUUAGUGGUCGUGGGUCACGACGUGUUCCAGAUCCACCAGGAGGACACAGAGCGAUACAUUCUCACCAACCUUAACAUUGUAGGUAAAAGAAGUAAUUAGUUCUAAUAGCCAUGACUGACACUCAGGGAAUUAUAGUCAAGCCAUGUCGUUCAUCUAAAUUUCAAUUCUUAAAGGGUUUUACUCCAAAUACCAUGACCACCGCAUGGAAUUGAAGUGAUUAUGGUCCCUGGAGUCUUUAUGCGUAGUGGUUCGCUAUGAAAUUGCAGGGAGAACAAAAUAUUUUUCCAAGAGACAAAAAAUAUUUUUGAUUUCUCUCCCCACCCUCCCGCCCAAGUUACAUAAAGAUCCUUGCCAGACAGGUGACUCUUUUUACAGAUGUUGAGUGCAGCCAGAUGUUGUAAAUUACUGGGGACAUGCCUGCUGGGCCCAGAAUCCUCCAUCUCUCAUAAACUAGUAUAGUAAAUCACCUUGUGAGAUACUAAACAAUGCGUUAUCAGUAAAUAUAUUUUAUUAGAGAAGUCUCGGUCAGCACUUAGAGUAAGAAUGCAAUAACAAGGUUACGCAGUUUACAUUAGUUUGGACUUUGAAUUUCUCAUGUAGACAAUGUAUUUAAACAAACAAACAAACAAAAAACUAUCCCUGUUUUCCAUUUAGGUAUGGUUUACAUUUUUACAAUCAUUGGUUAUUCAUCCGCUCCUGAUACCUUUUUGCAUUGUGUUUUUCAGGGUUCAGAGCUGUUAAGAGAUGUGUCGCUUGGAGCUACAUUCCGCGUUCAUCUUGUGAAAAUGAUCAUCCUGACGGAACCAGAGGUAAAGCUUUUAAAGGGUUACUCCAACCACCAUAACCACUUCAAUGACAGGCUGUAGGAACUACCAAAUCAAUACACAUUAGGCAGAAUAGACUACUAUCUCUAUGUAAAAUGGAUUGCUAGCUCUUAGGGACAGAGUGCAAUUUAUAAAAUAAGCAUGUGUGUGGGGGCAGAAUGUGUAUCUUUCUUUGAGUCUGGAAGUGGGAUUACAAAUCACACAGUGAUUUUAUUGAUAAUAGUGACUGUAUUUACAUACACAUUCACCCAUUGUCACGAUAGUUUACCCCUACAUGCAAGACUUAGUCCAACAAUCGACAGAUAGAGCAGAUACGACUUACCGGACCUUAGAAUGGCCGGACUCGCCGUAAAGCAGAGAAUAGACAGAGUCAAGAACAAGCCGAGGUCAAGGGAACAAAGAGACUGCGAGAACAAAAAACUAGCCAAGGUCUGGUACACAGUAGUCAGUAAGCCGGCAAACAAGACAAAACAGGGAUAGAGAGAUAAACGGAGUCAGAUACAAAGCCAAGGUCAAGCACGAAAAUCACAACUGAACACAACAAGCGCUAAAGGGAACUGAAACAGAAACCACGAUAGGGCAGGGAGUUAAGGGAGAGGUAAGUAUAAAUAACCUAAACUUUACUGUCAUAUCCACGCCCCCAAAAUGUGAGUGUCUGGGGAAUGUGGGAUGACAGGGGCCAAUGGGAGUACAUUUCACUUUUUGGCUCCCACUGCCCCUUUAAGAGCGUGCCCAAGACGCGCGGCACGCUCCUAGAGCAUCUCGCGGUCCGUGCCCGCCUUCAUUCGAGAGCUGCGUGCGGAAUUGGUGGGGACACUUUUGGAGCCCUUGAUACUUUGGCGGGCUUUUCUGUGCCUGGGAGACAAAGAAAGUGUUUUUCUGUGCCUUGGCUCCCAGACACAGAGGAUCCUAAGAUGAAGACCCCCUGUCUGAUGGGGUGGGAGACCCCUUGUAUGUGUGGCAGUCUUUCUGUACUUUGGAGACAAAAGGACAAUGACUUCCAUUCCCGCGCUUUGGCUCCCAGGUGCAGAGGCUCCUGGGAUAUGACCCCUGUUGGUUUAAGAGGAAAACCCCUUGCAUGGGGAUAUGCAUAAAAGCCGAGUGUGGCUCAAUAAAAUUGUGUUUUACCUCCAGGACUGUGUGUCAUCCAGUUACUGGGGGGAAAAGCGGCUCAUUAUACUCUAAAGUGGUUCCUGAGCGGCUGAAGGAAGGUAAUGGCGGAGGUAACGGUCUGGUUACCCAGGGUCCUCUGCAGUAUCUUUGAUCUACUUUUUGCCUGGUAUUAGGACUGUGACUUAGGGGUAAGGAACUGUGACUUAGGGGGAAGGGCAUAUAAGUUACCUUUUAUGUGUUUAAAGGGAUUUAAUAGGCAGGAAUCAAUCCCCUGUAUUCCUUUAAUACAUGACACUGUUACAAAACAUAUGCAAAUAAAUAAAUGAAAAUAGAAAAUAAUACUAAUCUUUAAAGUCUCUUAACAUGCAUUCAGACUAUGUCAGUUCUAACACAGGCCAGAUCUCGAUUGUGAAUGCUAUAUUAAAUACCAUAGUUGACAUUAUUUUCCCAUAAUGCACAGCUCACUGUGACGUCUCAUUUCUCUAUAUAUUUAGAUAUAUUUUUGUGGGUUUUCUUCCAGGCAGAUAUCAAAAUCUCACCUGAUAUCAACUCUUUCUUAGUGAGUGUGUGUGAGUGGAGUAAGACGGUGAAUCCCCCGGGAGAUGAAGACCCCUACCACGCGGAUCUUGUUCUAUAUGUGACCAGGUUAGGUGGCGAAAAAAGGUCUAAAAAGGAAGCAAUCACCAUGGAAACCGGUGGAAUCACCAAAAACAUCCCGAUUGCUCAAUUUGUCUAUUAGCAACACUUUAAUAAAACUCCCUUUACAGUUUCAACGUUCAUUAUCCCAUCACUGUUCUUUUCUUUGGAUUUUAUUAUUUUUUUCUCGUUUUUUUUUCUCACUGCAGGUUUGAUCUUACAAAUGGAGAGAGGACGCUUCGUGGUGUUACCCAGCUGGGCGGCGCAUGCACCUCUUCUUGGAGUUGUGUCAUAACUAAAGACACCGGUUUUGACCUUGGGAUCACCAUAGCACAUGAGAUUGGGCACAGGUAAUCUAAAGGUGCUUUGUAUUGCAUGGCUUGAUGAGAAUGUUUGGCCAAAAAUAAUAUAAAUACAGAGACAAACUGAUGUGUGUUUCACAAGGUUAAUACGGAGAAUGCAUUUUGUAGGGUUACGUCAUUUAACCCUUGGGCUCAUCAGUACUCUCUUUAACCCUUGCAGUUUUGGAAUAAACCACGAUGGAACGGAGAACCAUUGCAGUGGCGACGGGAACAUCAUGGCGGUGCAGGAAAGUCACAACAGUGUCCAUCUGACGUGGUCCGAGUGCAGCAGAGAACAAUUCCUCCGAUUCCUGGGGUAUCAUGACAGACAUUGAUAGAGGGAUUUGUUCUUUCCAUAUAUCCAUGUUCAUUUCCACUAUCAGAGGGGCUUCAAGCAUUUAUGUAAAAGGUCUGGGUAAUGGGAGCUGAGAAUAAAAAAAAAAAAAGAUUAAUGUCAAAGAAAAGCUCUAUACGAGUGACCGCAAAAUACAACAGGAGUUUAAAGGGUCAGUUUAAGCACCAAAACCACUUUAGAUUUAUAAAGUAGUUCUGGUGCAUAAUCACACCCCUGCAGUCUCGCUGCUCGAGUCUCUGACAUACCUCCAACUCCUCUCUACACACUUCCUACACACUUAGGCCAAAAUGUGUGUUUUUAUAGCUUCCAAAUGUACCCAUUGUGUCCGCGUUGCUUCUUUAAGACAAAAUUCGACUGGACACUACCAUGAGCGAGGAAGUUUGUGCUUAUCUGAAAAUAAAAAAAAAUAAUAGAGCUACUAAAUCUCAGUGUAUAUACCCGUCAGAGCACCCCGAAGAAGGUGUGACUGGUACAACCCAGAGACUAAUGUACCGAUAGGAGACUCCAGGUAUCUCCAAAGGGGCAUAACCCCAAAUUGGACAAAAAACAGCAGACAAUACAAAGUUGUAACUAGUCCCAGUGUGAAGAUAAUCCUGGGACCAGUCACAACGCCUGGAAAUAAAAUAUAUGGCGUAAUGCAGUACGCCAUACAGGUACCACCUGUAUAUACUUUUGUUUGAUUUUUUGGACUUUUCUUCUCUAAUAGUUAUCUUUAUAGAAGUGAUAGCCAGAUUUUUCAUCAUACUGCAUUACGCCAUAUAAUUUAUUUCCAGGUGUUGUGACUGGUCCCAGGAUUAUCUUCACACUGGGACUAGUUACAACUUUGUAUUGUCUGCUGUUUCUUAUCUGAAAAUAACAGGAACAACGCACCCAGACCACUUCAAUGAACUGGGUACCUAUAGUGUCCCUUUAAGAUGAAGGCAAUACAUUUGGCGGGGGCUGGCUUUGAGCAUUCACGUCAAUCCUAUCCUAAACAGCUUGACAUAAGACUGGUGAGAGCCUGGCACCAGGACCCUCUGGGUACCAUAACAACUCUAGCAAGAUUGCUUUUUAAAAUUUGCCACAAUGAACUGAUUUCCCAAGUAGCUUGUAUUAGUAAUUGUAAAUAAUAUGCAUUUCUAUAAUGUUUCAGUUUUUCCCUUUGGUAGUUUACUCACUGUUCGUUUAUUUAGAAUUAAUAGAAUUUAGAACUAUCCUCACACUCUUUUUGUCUGUACUCUAUGCACCUGACAGUAGUGGGCAAGCGAACUGUGUGAACGACUUGCCAGCUCUGGAAAGCUCCAUCCCUGGGUGGAAACCCGGCCAUUACUACGGCGCAGACGAGCAGUGUCAAAUCGCGUUUGGAAGUUCCGCCAUUGCAUGUACUUUCUCCAGAAAUGAUCUGGUAGAGUAUUCCAUUUGCUUCUAAAAUUAAAUUAUUUCUUCUUUUCACAUCUAUAGCAAUAUUCACGAAAUCCUUCUAGUUUGACAAAUCUACAACAUUCCCAAACUGAGACAUAAACCAUUAAUUACAACUUGUGCUUAACACUUUAUGAGACUCUAGAGAGAUCCUACUUUUUUGAUAGUAUAUGAUUAUGUUUUAGAAAAAAAUUCUUACAUUCUGUUAAGUGGUGUAAAUUUAUACAUAUUCUAAAAAAAUUGCUGUGAGACCACAAUAAAACUCAUCGCAGUCCGAAUAGAAAAAUCCCUGUUAUGUAUCCCAUGCAUACAUAACUUUGUAGAGUCCCCCAGUAAUGCACAACAGUAAAUUUUCUAAUUGCAUGGUGGGGAUUUGUAUUUAUUGUGUUUGGUCUUACCACAAUCUUUUUGGCACCUAGCUAUACACUCUCGGAGACUAGAACUUGUGCCAUGCCGACCCACAAGGUCGAACCUUUACAGUCCAUGGCUGGUUGCUGGUCACUGGUCUUUUUGGAUCACAACCCAUGCUAUGGUUAAAAACAGUGUCCAUUGCUAAUGGUACCUACAGAAAUGUAAUAUGAUGUCUGAAACACAAUACCCAUUUGUUCUCAUUUGCAUGUCAAGCUCGGAACUUUAAGACAGUUGUGAAAACAUAAUUUCUUGAGAUUCUAUGCCCAAUGGGGACUUUCCAAAGUCCAACUUGAGAUAUGCAGGUGAUGCACAGAAGUAUUAUAUAUAACUACUAGGGAUAAGAAUUGUUUAAAUCUUUUUUCCCAUAGGAUACAUGUAGCGUUCUUUCUUGCCACACAAGUCAACAGGAUCGGAAAAACUGCAAGCGGAUCCUGGUCCCACUUCUCGAUGGCACAGAAUGCGGAGAAAACAAGGUCGGGUUUGACAUGCAGUAUUGGGCAUAUAUCGUUUAUUUAGAAAACAGUACAAUGGUCCUAAUAGAUUACUUGCUUAGUGACUAUUUGAACGUCAAGGUUUCAGGGCUGAAUCCUGCAAGAUCGACUUCCCUUCUCUUUGAGGUCAUUAAAACGAGUAAAACAGACCAUCGGAUGCUAAGGCCAUUUAGAUAAAUUGUUUAAGAAUUUUAAGAAAAGGGGCAGUUAUUAAGAGUCCCUUAACUUUAAUUUAUACUCUUGUUUAAAGAAUAGUAAGAUUUUUCAGGUGCACUUCAUGAUGUCAGUAUCAGAAUGAGUUUAUAUAACUUGAGGAGAGCUGAAAAGCUCUGUAUUGGAGAAGUGGACUGACCAUCUAGAAGGAUCUAGUAAGAUCGAGUCAUACGUAACGUAAGUACAGUUACAAUGGAGACUAACAGUGUGGCAUCUAAAGUAGUUAGACCAGCAGUCAGCACUAGUAAAAUGUGAAAUUAUGGAUUUGAGAAAGCUAGCAAUUUGCAGGUAGCUCAGUAUCCUCUUGGCCAAGCUGUCCACACCGUUCACAUCGUCGUCAGAUCUACUCUCAACCACACUACCAGGUCUAUAUUUCUAGGAACUAAAACGCCAAGAUAUUUUAUGUGGUUGCUCUCUCAUUGUAGGCGAAAGAGAGUUUGGAGCUUAGUCAUUGUUUUGGAACCUAAGGUUAACACUCAUGUUUUAGAAUGAUUAACUUCAAAGCUUAGCACCUGACCAUGGGUUUUAAGCAAAUAUAUGAUAGUAUGGAUAGUAGAGUGAGGGUUGGUGACAUAUAAUAAAAUGUUGAUGGCACAUGCCAUAAGUCUAAGGAUGGACAUGCCAAUCAGAAUGCCUGGAAAAUGUAACAUGUGUAUGACUAGGUCUAAAGAUACAGAAAAAGUACACUCCAGGACAUUUUAGGCCAUUAGUUGAUAUUUUAGUAAAAGAGUUAUAAUAAAGAUUUCUGGUUAGGUUAAAGAAUGGGAUACCAAAAUUUUAAAUUUUAGGAGUCUGAAAAUAUGUGGUUGGGCAACCAACUCAAAAGCCUUAUGUGCAUCCAGACUAAGAAGUAGAGAGUACGUGUGGUUUGGAAACGUUUUGUACAAAGGGAAUAGCCACCGUUGGAUAGAUUAUCUAGUCCAGAGAAUGCCCAAAUAGUGUGAAUAAAGAUUUGGCAAAAAUGGCUGCAACAAUUUUUUGUUUGGAUUUCAAUAUCUUGGUACAAUAUAAUAUUACAAUAAUAUAUGUGUGAAAACAACAUAAAUACAUUCUUCCCAUUGUCCUGUCUUUCAGUGGUGCCAUAAAGGUCUCUGUAGUUCUCUAGAGGAGUUGAAUCCGGUGGCUGUCGUGCAUGGAGCCUGGUCAAGCUGGACAUCUUACUCUUCCUGUUCCCGCAGCUGUGGCGGGGGUGUUGUGACUAGAAAAAGACUGUGCAACAAUCCCAGGUGGGCUCCUGUCUCUACCUACUGCAUAAAAAACAAGGAUAAUGCCGACCGAAGGCUGCGUACUGCCCCAAUACCACUAUAACUUCUUCAUGAUAAUGGAUUGAUUCAUAUCAGAGCUGUGAGGGGUCACAUUUUUAAACCUUUUUGCAGUAGCGUAAGGUGAAAAUAUGUGUUUUGGGGUAUUCUUUGUAUGUUAAAUUGCAAUUUUCAUCUUCCUGUAGGCCUGCAUUUGGGGGGCAUACCUGUGAGGGGCCCAGUCUGCAAGCUGAAAUGUGCAACACCCAGGUGAGUCUCUAUCAAUGUAUUGUUUGUUUAUAUCCCAUGGUCCCAUUGCACUAAUCAUGAAGACCCCCUUAUGGACAUUUUCUUACAUUUAAGAAAUGGGCACGGCUCAAAUGUAUCACAAUUCCGUUUAGCCCGUGUUUAUUAGUGUUCUGACUUCUGAGUCUCCAGCAGGGUGUCUGUCUCAGAUAGCCGUGGAGUUUAAAGCUUCUUACCAUUUUCUUUUUAGGCCUGUGAGACAUCCCAGUUAGAUUUUAUGAACCAGCAAUGCUCUGCCACAGAUACUGAACCCCUUUACCUCACCCCUGGGAUACCCACCUUUUAUAAAUGGACGGCAGCUGCUGGCUUUGCAAAUGGUGAGUACAUUUUGAAAGUCCUUGAAGAUUGCUGGCACAAAUACCUGGAAUCUAUGACUUCCAUCCCUCCUCUCUAACCAGAAAUCGAGAAAGACCACCAGUACUAGCAGGAGGUCUAUGGUCUUGCUAGAGAAUAAUUUUAAAAAUGUCGAAAGGCUAAUCUCAACCAUUAGCUGUGAUGGUUGUUAACAUGAGAUUUGUCUAUAAUAUAUAGUAAGAAGUCUUUAACUUGUUUUUUAUAACUCAGGCGACUCUCUCUGCCAGCAUUUGUGUCGUGCCCAUGGGAAGAAUUUCAUGGUGGGACGCAGAGACCGAUUUAUAGAUGGGACACGCUGCGAGCCAAGUGAUGAAACGGAUGCUCCCUUUAGCCUGUGUAUAGCUGGGAGUUGCAAAGUAAGUACAGGGCUUACAUCGCCAGAUUGUCCACUCUCAACCUCAGGAGAGGCCAAAAGGUAGUACCUUGUCUGUCAUUCACCCACAACUCCCAUGAUAGUCCAGCUUCUCCUGUUGGCCCAAAUAAUGAAAAAAUUUACAAAGGGUAGAACAGGGGAUGACAGCAGGGGGCAUUAUUAUAAAUACAACAUGCUGUAGUAGUUUGGUUCUUAGAGUGCACUUUUAAGAUCAACGGGAAUAUCCAGUGGGGUAACUAUAAAGGUAAAGGGCUCUAUGCUGAGUUUCUAUUACUUAUCAGAAGGCCAAGCACUGAGUUUUAAAUACUCUUCACAUUAUAACACCUUCAGUAGGGUCAGGAAACUAUUGCGAUAUGUGUAUUGAAAACGACCUUCAAGAGUUGGUUGCAAGAUUUGGAGAUGUUUAAGCCCUUAAGGACACAACUUCUGGAAUAAAAGGGAAUCAUGACGGAAUAUUUCCAUCAUGUAUCCUUAAGGGGUUAAGCCUUUUCAAACCAAUGUUCACAUAACAACCCUUGUCUUUUAGGCCUUCAGCUGCGAUGGUGUGAUGGAUUCUACAAUGGGGUUUGACCAUUGCGGGGUCUGUGGUGGGGAUAACAGCACCUGCAAGAAAGUCAGUGGCAGCUUCUCUGAAGGAAGAGCGGGAGGUGAGUUGCAAAGCCACCGACGUAGAGACUCAGAGAAUGUUACCAGGCCUAGAAUGUCCCUUACUAGAGAACAAAGUAUCUCUAGGGUCCGUGAGAAGGUGGUGAGAUAACGUGGAGAGAUUUACUAAACUCGAGGUUCAGAAUAUAUAGAUCUCCAGCCAUUGUUUAAAUCUAACUAUUAUGAUGCUUGGACAGUUAAAGGUCAUUCUAGGACAGGCAUAGGCAACCUUCGGCACUCCAGAUGUUGUGGACUACAUCCCCCAUAAUGCUUUUACACCCAUUAUGCUGGCAAAGCAUCAUGGGAGGUGUAGUCCAAACCAUCUGCAGUGCCGAAGGUUGCCUAUGCCUAUUCUAGGACAAUGUUUCUCAGUUAAACCCAAUACACCUGAAUGAGGAAAUGCCACUUAGAUUAUUCCACCAGCCAGUGACUGUCCAACCUGUGUUCAAGCAGGAAUAUCCAACAAUUCGCCCUGUUAGGUGUAGUGGGGGAGAGGGAUAAGAACUACCCUGUUCAGUGAUGUUUAGAAGUUACGGGAGUUCCCCAACAUGAAAACUGUGUUCUGUAGCAGAUUUUGGAAAUGAUGGGACAUUCCAAUUGCUGUUAGACUUCAACUCUCAUCAUAUUUAGGGUGGCCAUAAGUAACUUUGGUGGUUACAGAUUUAAAUAUUCUCCAAUAGUGAUGUGGGAUUUGACUGGAGAAUUGCACAUUUUUAGACCAAAUUACCUGACAAACUCCAUUAUAAGUCCAGCUCGGCUAUUUUGGUCCUAAAUCUACAUUUCUCUGGAUAAUUCCUAACAUUUCACUGUUGAUUGAAUAACCCAGUGAAUGUCACCAAUUGCAUUUACUUUCCUGAUUUUUAUUCUCUGCAAUAAUAGUUCACUGGGAAAACCCACGUGUAUCCAAGUGAAGUCAGUAAUUUCUUAAUCCACCAUCCUAUCGAUUACAGUUUACUCCACAUUCCUGACAGUUCCCAUUGGAUCCAUUGGGAUAACCAUAACCAAUCAGAAGCCUCUCUUCACACAUCUGGGUAAGAAGUAUGUAUAUGUGACUAUAUAAUUAAUGUUUCUUUAUCAAAUGUUCUACAAGGAAGAUUACAUUGAGAUUUCUCUUAUAUUUCAGUAUAUAUAUAUAUAUCUCCAUUCACAAACCGAUGUGUUACUUCCGCCAUUUAUUUUCUUUUCUUUCCAGCUGUUAAGGACAAUGGCUCAUACAUUGUAGCUGGAAAAGGUAAAAUCUCUAUAAAUGUCACAGAACCCUCUGUUCUGGAAGACAGACGGUUAGAAUAUCGACUGAAGCUGACCAACAACAUGCUUCCACACCUGGAACAAAUCCACAUUGAUGGUCCUACCGAAGGGGACAUCGAGAUCCAGGUAAGAAUCUGUGACAAAGUUACUGUCUGGAUUUGUUUCAAACCUAAAUACUAUCUGUUUCACUUGGAGCAGUAUCUACACCUAGAGUCACCAAAAGGUAGAUCACCACUUGUUAUAGAACUUCAAAAUUGAUUUUAUUUUGGCAGCUUUAGCUCCACAGGAAUUGGGAACUUACAUUUUGGGGCCCCCAUACUCUAGGUGUUUUAUGGGGUAAUGUCCUGUUUGAGAAGGGACAUUAAAGCACAAUGCUUACAUUUUUCUUCUGAGUAGGUUUACAGAAAAUAUGGGCAGGAAUAUGGAGAGGUCACAAAUCCAGACAUCUCGUACAGCUACUAUGUCCCUAGGAAGGAGGAGACCUACGUGUGGUCGGCAGUGAGAGGUCCUUGUUCUGCUAGCUGUGGAGGAGGUGAGAGAAGAGCCAAACUCAACUGUACCAGUAAAUGUCAGCACUAUGUAAACUAUUAACACUUUUUGUUGUUGUCAGAGUAAGCUUCCCUUUUCUAUCCCCAGGUUUUCAGGUGGUGACCUACGUCUGCAUGGACCAAAUGAUCCAACAGCAAACCCAGUCUGCAUUCUGCUUAGAUUCCACACUUCCCACUGCACUGCGUGAAAACUGUGGAAAUGAACCAUGUCCCCCCAGGUCAGUUAGUUUUCUUGGAAACAGUCGUCACCAACAUGUGGCUCCAUAGCCGUUGCUGGACUGCUAUUCCCACCAAGAGACUUAGAGCAAAUAAUGAGACCUGUAGUCCAACAACACUUAAAUUAGCACAGGUUGGUGACUGCAGUCUUAAAUCUUCUUCAAGCUAUAGAUAUCCUUUGUAGUCCACCACUCCUUGCAAGUUGUCUUUAACAUCUUUUUCUACAGGUGGGUCAUCGAGGACACCUCCCCAUGCUCUGUGUCUUGUGGUGGUGGGGUCAUGCUCCUGAAUGUGUACUGUGCAAGCAACCAAAGAGGCAAUGAGACCAUCCUACCUGAUAGCCAUUGUGGCCACUUAGCUCGUCCAAAGGCCUUCUCAACCUGUGGCCAAGCACCAUGUCCAGCCAGGUAUUUCAUUCAACUAAAGCUUAGAAGGUCUUGAUGUUCUAGAAUUACAUAAUUUUUAUUGUUAUCCACUAUGAAUUCUGAAUUUAUAGAUCAGAUUUUUUACAAUAUCACAUCCAUUCUUUAAAACAUUUUAAAGAUCAUAUGCUAAAAUAUCCAUUAAUAUUAAUAAAACGUUUCUGCAAUUGCUGGUAAUCCCAGGUCUACCAGGUUUUGUGCUGAGUUCAGCCCAGACCAGGAAGGGACUCAGAUACUCAGUGAACAUUCUAUAGCACUGCGCUAAGGUCAGCAGGGGUAUCUGGGAGUUGUAGUUCCAUUGUCAGCUCUCUGUGUUUAAAGACCUUGUGAUGCUGCUAAAGGUGAUUGCCUUCCCUAUGUAGAUGGGAGAUGUCAGAGCCAGGUCUAUGCUCAGCGGUGUGUGGACAUGGCGUGGCUUUGAGGAACGUAUCAUGUGUCCAGUCUCAAGCUGGUUGGGAUGUCUUCGUGGAUGAUUCUCUGUGCUCGGCUCAGGAGAAGCUCCCAAGUGUGGUCCAGUGCGUGGUCAGUGUGUGUCCAGUGGGCUGGGAAACGGUGAGCAGUUAUAUCUCUGUGGCACAAAGCAAUGGAGGCUGUUAUAAUACAUAUAGCUGUUACAUGCAUAACGUAUAUUAAAAGAUAAUUUAGUGUAUACACAGGGUGAGGUUGGUCCUGCUCAUAGGAGCUUGCAAUCUAAAGGUUUAUUUUGGGUGCAUAUUAGUUUAAUGCCAUCUAAAAAAGAAUACAAAUAUUUAAAGUGGAUUUUUUUAAUUUAUUUUAUUAAUCAGUUAGUUUGAUGGAUAUUUUAUUUAACAUUCCUUUGACUUUAGCAAUAAUAAAACCAGGAUUAUAAAAUGAGGAAGUAUAAUUCCCUUAUUGCAUUUACAGAAAAAUAGAGGGAUUUGGUAUGAUUCUAUUAGAACAAAAUGUUGUAGUAAACAUCUCCGUUAGAAAUGUCAGAUUUUUUUUCUUAUAUAGAUAUUCAAUGGACAUUCUUCUAAUUAAAAUGUUUUUUGCUUGAACUUCCACGCUCUACUUUUUUAAAAUAAUUUUUCUUUUUGUCAGCUUCCAAUUUCUCCUCUUGGGAUGCAGUUAAUGGAGCCACUUUUAAGUGAAAACUCUUCUCUCCUAAAUUCACCAUCCGGAAAGAAGAUGGAGGUGUUUGUGUGGAGUCCUGUAGUAGGGGAGUGCUCUGUUACCUGCGGCUCAGGUAAAGUUUAGUAAGCUUCUGUUAGACAUGCGCAAAAAUUCGUUUUAAUACAUUCGUACUAAUGAAACAGCUUAACGUCGGAUGUAUCAAUUACGAAAUGCAGUACUUUCAUAAUAAAACAAAUUGUCCAAUAACCCACACACGGAAGGGUCGUGAUUCAGUUAGAGAGACGAAUUUAGGAAUCAAUUUGUUCGACGUUAAGGUAUUCUAUUAGGACUAAGGCCUUAAAACAAAUAUUUGCACAUUAACUAGCUGCCAUUAACCUCCUUGAGUUCAGAUUCAGGGGGCACGGCCUUGUAUAGCAUUUAAUCCCAAAAUAUUUUUUUUUUGUGAAUACAAAUACAAAAAGAUAAGUCCUGCGCUCACUCUCAUCACUCCUGGGCAACGACCACAGUACACAUCAGCUCCAAUACAUAUAGUAAAAACCAAAGAAAAAGUUACCUGCGCUCUCUCCUUAAUCCCUAUGUAUAUUUAAACAAAUGGAGGUCAUUUAGUUACUCCAAUGGCCACUGGAGGGAAUGCCCGCCUGCCAACAUCAAGGCAGACCCCCCUAAGUGGGUCCUAACACUGACCCUUCAGCCUGUUUCCUUGAGCUUCUGGCAAAAAUAUCUCUAAUGAGACAGAGAGGGAGUGAGCGCAGGAGGGGGGUCUGCCUUGACGUUGGCAGGCGGGCAUUCCCUCCAGUGGCCAUUGGAGUAACUAAAUGACCUCCAUUUGUUUAUAUAUACAUAGGGAUUAAGGAGAGAGCGCAGGUAACUUUUUCUUUGGUUUUUAAAUUUUUUUAGUAAGUUUUAAAUUUCCAUUAGCAUUCAUUUGAAACUAGUAUUCUAGAUUGGAACACUAAGCGUAAUCCUAAUUAUUGUUUUAUUUUUCAUGGUAAUUUCCUCGUUACAUUUACGAACAUUCUACCUGCUCGUCCCCUGGUUCUCAGGAAUGGCCGAGCUCCACUAUAUAUGCAUUGAAUUUUACACCAGAGAAGAGGCACUGGAGGAUCACUGCAACCAAUCGUUGAAACCGAAACGCCGUCAGAAUAAUUGUAACCCGCAAAGCUGCCCCCCAGGGUGAGUAUACCAGAUAUAUUUUAAAAUGCAUGUGUUGCUGCUCACUGUAAAUUAGGAAGCAAAACUAAAUGUAAUGUCAUUUAAAUUCCUUAUAACCUUACCUUAUUCUAAUUAAUAUGUUAUCUCUUUUGUCCUCCACACUCGGUGCAGUUAGGUGGUGGGUAAUAUUUACCUGGUGGGCUACCCCUGCCUCUACCCAUUGGCCUACAGAGUGAAAGAUUAAAUGGUAAAGGGACUUAGGGAUCCUUGAGCCAGUAGAAGUGACGGGAUGCCUAGCCUAGGACAAAAAAAAACAAAAAACUACAAUCCCCCCCUCCCAACCCUACAGUGGCCAGGCCUCCCUAAGUGAUUAUGGUGGAUAUUAACUUAGAGGAGCACGAUCACCUCAAAUCCAUUUUGAAAAUAAUAAUCCUUUCACCAUUUAUUUUAAAAUGGUGUAUAUGUAAAAACAAAUGAGGAAAACCAACUCAUCUCUCUCUUUAGUGUAUGACAGGUUCCUGCAGCCAUAUACAUACACCUUGGGUCAGACAGUGCUUGGAAACAAACAAUUAAUCUCUAUGGUCUUUCUUGCUUCUGCGCAGUGAGUGAAGCAGGGAAGAUCAUAGAGACUAAGUGUUGGUUUCCAAACAUUGUCUGACCUGAGGUGUAUGUAUAUGGCUGAAUGAUCCUGUCAAAUACUUAAAUUAGGGAUAAUAUUUUCUUAUUUUUUGCAUAUUUCCUUGCAAAACUCGAUGAAAAUAUUAUUAUAUUAUAUAUUAUUAAAAAUUUGUUUUGAGGUGACAGUUGUCCUUUAAGAUCAAGGGAUCCCCACUGGGUGAAAGAGAAAUGUUUGAGGAUUUUAGAAUCCACUCAAUUUCAUCUGAUUUCACCAAGAACCCCUGUGACUUGCAUUACACAGUUUGUGUAGCACAAUAAUUAAUCCAUUCUUCCUACGUACAUUACAGGUGGGAGGUGAGGGAGCGUACGCCGUGUCCUGUCACCUGUGGAGGAGGGACAAUCCAACUCGAUGUCUUCUGUGCAAGGAAGGAAAAUGGCAUCCUGCGUCGACUCCCUCAUGCAAAGUGCAGUCAAAUCCAGCGCCCAAAUGGCACCAAAACAUGUGGAACUCUACCCUGUCCAGUCCGGUAACAUUACAACCACCAUGUCUGGGGGAGCACAUAAACAGCUGCCAUUUGGGGGAAACGUGCAGCAUAUUUUUGUGCUUAUAUUAGCCUGGAGUUUCUCCAAUGUAAAGACCCUGUAUUUAAUAACUCUGGUAUUCGGCUACCUCUAAAUAUUAUUAGUCAUUUAUGACAAAAGGGUCAAAAGCCGCCCAGGGAGUAAGUAAUAGUAGUUAGAAAUCUCUGAAGAUGACCGGUAUUUGGAAACAAAUUAGUGGAUAGCUGACCUUUUCCAUUCACAUAAACUGUGACAUUCACUUUUAAUUCCUGACAAUUUACACAGUAGUGAAUAACUUUGAAUGUGUUUAUUAGUAGGGGUCAGAACCUCAAUUUUUGAGCCCCCCCGAAAAAAUUAGUUGACACUCAAAUGUUAUUUCCUUUGUAUCGCCUGCAGGUGGCACUAUAAAUCUGGCUCAUGCAGUGUCAGCUGUGGUGGUGGCAUUUUACUGAGAAUCCUUUACUGCGUUAGAGAGGUCACGGGAGGAGAUAGUAAAGAGCAAAUCGUUGGAGAUGCAGAAUGCCAGCAUCUACCUCACCCACAAGGACAAGAACCGUGCAACCAGCAUCCCUGCCCCCCCAGGUACGUUAACUGUUUAAUUUGCUGUAUUAAGGUGUAGUAUCACCAUGCUAUUCUGGAGUUAAAUCAUUUAAAGGACGUGGAAAAGACAGUGGGUUACAUGACCAUUCCACGGCUUGACACAACUCAGGAGCCAAAAACACGGGUCAAAGGCACUUACAUACUCUAGAUCCCUUAGAUUUGUUUCUGGCACCUAAAUACUAGCAUACAUCAAGCCCUGGGUUAUUCUCAUCCAUUGGGUUCUUCUGUUGGCUUGACGAUUGAGAAGAUGUCUCAAGGUUCCAUUUCUCCUCAGGUGGAAGGUGACAGAGACCGGUCAGUGCUCCUCGGCCUGUGGAUAUGGAAUAUCCAAGCAACAUGUGGCCUGCGUGCAGACAGUUUCCAGGGCUGAAAUUGAAGUGAAUAUAACAGCCUGCAGCCCUCAAGAGAAACCCCCCUCAAUCAUCCCCUGCUUUGUUGCCAACUGCAUUUACCUAUGGGAGAGUGGUGAAUGGAGUCAGGUGAGGUCGAUUUGUAACUGUCCAGACAUUUCCAGGUUGGUUCCUGGAGCCUGAGACAUGCGCGGUGAACGUGUCUUUAAAGAACCAAGUGAUAUCCACUUCUGUUACAUUAGAUUUGAUUUAAAUAUAUUAGGUCACUCUUGGAUGGCAUAGUACUGCAGAAAGAAAAAAUGGCAAAUUAUUAAAGUGGACAUUGUAUCAGUUUUCUAAUAGUUUUUUUUGUUUUUUAUUUAGAUAAGAUGAUAUAUACAUUAUUUUAAAAGCAAAUCAUAUAAUACUCUUUAACAAGUUAUCACCAAAGAUAGUAUUUAUGCAUCAUAAUGCAUUUUAUGAAAAUUUUACUUUUGUCAAGUUCUGAGCAAAGAUAAAUCAAAGGUUUAAAAUAUUUGAAGUGGUUAUGGUUCCUGGAGUUUGUAUGUACAGCAAAGGCUGCGCAACCGGAGUGUCAUUGGUGUGUCAUUAGCCAGCCCUGAACUAGAAUUCCCAGCUGGCUAAUGGCAAUUCUGUGCAGAUUUCAUCAUACAGAACUGCAUUUAUUGGCUGAGAGCAGCAAUGGGGCACCAGCUCCCGGCACUUCUGCUUCCAGACGUCCAUUGCUCUCUGCGGUGCGAUAAGAGAAAGGGUUACCCAGGCAAGUGCUGAUAAACUGAAAUAAUCAGGUCCUGUAUGUCAACUUUAGCAUUGACGCCAAGCUAUGUCUAUCAUCAGGGGACAGUCAUAACUUGUAAAUUUACAAGGGACUUGUAAAACUUGAGGCCAAAAAAGAUGAUCUAGAAAAAUAGCUGAUUUUACAGUUUGGCUACUUUGGUGUAGAAUUUGAAAUUCUCCCAUUAAAAAAAUAAUCCCUCCAGUAAUUGCUUUUCACUAACCUUUUCCGUGGUGCCUCUCUCUCUCUUGCCACAUUCAGUGUUCAGCUACUUGUGGAAAUGGCAUCCAAACGCGGCACAGUUUGUGCGUCAAUCAGAAGACUGGUCAGCAGGUGAGCCCCACGUUCUGCGGACACACUGCAAAACCUCUUACAAUGCGGGGUUGCUCGGGGCAUUCGUGCCAGGAAGAUACUUUAAUACCAGGAACACCAGUGCCACCCACCGACGUGCCGGUUGUGGAAGCAUCAGAUACUCCCUACAUGAGCACUCAGCACAAAGUUACAGCCAUCCCUCCUGAUAACCUCCCUGCAGUCAGAUCACGUGGAAUGGAGGAGCAGUACACAGACAACAGUAAGUAUUGUUAAAUCAAAAGCCUCAGUGUACAUGGAUCCCCCUAUCCCCUGCCCCAGUAUUUAGUACUGUUACCCUCUGUUCCAGUAUCUGGUACCGUUACGCUCUGCUCCCGUAUCUAGUACCAUUACUCUCUGUUCCAGUAUCUGGUACCAUUACCCUCUGCUCCAGUAUCUGGUACCGUUAACCUCUGCUCCAGCAUCUGGAACCAUUACCCUCUGCUCCAGUAUCUGGUACCAUUAACCUCUGCUCCAGUAUCUAGUACCAUUACCAUCUGCUCCAGUGUCUAGUACCGUUACCCUCUGUUCCAGUAUCUUGUGCUAUUACCCUCUGCUCCAGUAUCUGGUACCAUUACCCUCUGCUCCAGUAUCUAGUACCAUUACCCUCUGUUUCAGUAUCUGGUACCACUACCCUCUGCUCCAGUAUCUGGUACCAUUACCCUCUGUUCCAGUAUCUAGUACUGUUACCCUCUGUUCCAGUAUCUGGUACUAUUACCCUCUGCUCCAGUAUCUGGUACCAUUACCCUCUGUUCCAGUAUCUAGCACCAUUACCCUCUGCCCCAGUAUCUAGUACCAUUACCCUCUGUUCCAGUAUCUGGUACCAUUAACCUCGUCUCCAGUAUCUGGUACCAUUACCCUCUGUUCCAGUAUCUAGUACCGUUACCAUCUGUUCCAGUAUCUGGUACCAUUACCCUCGUCUCCAGUAUCUAGUGCCGUUACCCUCUGUUCCAGUAUUUGGUACCAUUACCCUCUGUUCCAGUAUCUAGUGCCGUUACCCUCUGUUCCAGUAUCUGGUACCAUUACCCUCUGUUCCAGUAUCUAGUACCGUUACCAUCUGUUCCAGUAUCUGGUACCAUUACCCUCUGUUCCAGUAUCUAGUGCCGUUACCCUCUGUUCCAGUAUCUGGUACCAUAACCCUCUGUUCCAGUAUCUAGUGCUGUUACCCUCUGUUCCAGUAUCUGGUACCAUUACCCUCUGUUCCAGUAUCUGGUACCGUUACCCUCUGUUCCAGUAUCUGGUACCAUUACCCUCUGUUCCAGUAUCUAGUACCGUUACCAUCUGUUCCAGUAUCUGGUACCAUUACCCUCUGUUCCAGUAUCUAGUGCCGUUACCCUCUGUUCCAGUAUCUGGUACCAUUACCCUCUGCUCCAGUAUCUGGUACCAUUACCCUCUGUUCCAGUAUCUGGUACCAUUACCCUCUGCCUCAGUAUCCAGCUGUCUUUACACUUGUGUGAGUUUGUAGCAUCCACACCUUUCCUAUGUUUUAGCUCCACUUGUCUCAUAUGCCCAUUGCAAUGUGUCUUGAACUCUGUCUUACCCGUACUGUCCCCACCAGGUAUCUGUGGGCAGCUUUUCCUGAACUCAUCAGGAAUAUUGAGCACAGUUGGUUUAGUUGGUAGUUCCUGCAUGUUUUCCAUCGGACGCCCACUGGGAGAGGUGAUCUUCGUUAAGGUGCUCGCCAGCUCUCUGAAUUGUGCUGCCGGUACGUCUACUUUAAUAGGAGCCAUGUGCAUCUUCUAUCUUUGCAGCAGGGAAAGUACAGGAGGACUGCCAAACUGGACCUUCAUGUAAUAUUAUUGGAUAAGCUUUUCAAAUGAUAUAAUAUAAUGACAAAUAUUUUAAUUUUGUAAUAUAUUGAUAUUUUUUGAUGGAUUGACAUAUUUUUUUUAUACGUUAUAUAUAUUUUGAUAUUGAACAUUUUAAAUAAAACCAUUUAAAUAAAAAACAGUUAAUCAUUUGAAAAGCUUAUCAAAAAUAUUAAGUCGAGGCCCUAGUUGGAAAAAAAAAAAAUAAUUUUUCAAAUCUUGGGAAGAACAAACACAUUUGAAAUCAGAUCAACAGAACAUAAUCUCUUUAAAAUCAGAGCAUUAAAUAGCUGGCUGUUUUAGGUCAAACUAAAAACACGGGUGACUUGGGGAAUUUUUCUAGUUUGGCUAUUUUACCCUAACUUUAAUUUCACUUUGAAUUUUUGACACUUUAGUGUUUAACUAUGCUGAGUAUGGAGAGUAUAAAUAUUAAAGUGUAUCUACGGACAGGCUACAUGCGUCCAUUAAAGUUUAACGCUGUGCAUUUCACACCAUGGACUGUCUGUUUAACCCGUUCUGCCCUGCGUUCGCAGGAGAUAUGCUGUUGUUCCACGGACGAACGAUGUGGCAGAAAAAAUGCAACCGUCUAGAUGGGGUGACUAUCAACUCCAGAUCAAACAUCCUGACGGUGAGACAGCGGCAAACUCACCCGGGAAACGGAGUGGAACUGGAAUACUGGAGCGAACGAGCAAAGCAAAACCAAUCCAGGGGUAUUGUAUGCUGAUCGCGAAAUAUCCAUGAACAAUGCAUUAUCUUCGAAUUAGGCGGAAUAUUGUUUUGGGGGAGGGGCUGUGGAGAUAUCGUAAGAUUCACGGUACAUUAUAUGUACAACAACUACUUCAUCGCCUUGAAGUGGUUAUAGUGCCUGGAGUCCUGUGGCGAUGUCUCUCCAUUCAGUGUUCAACCAUUUUGAGCAGUUUAACACUAAAUAAGGAUCCCCGGCCACCAUUAGAGGCGUGGCAAAGGCAGAGAUUACACACUUCCUUGUAGCCAUACCAAUUCAUACCAGCAAUAGGCGUUGUGAUUUGCUGAAUGCAAUCAGCUGACACCCGCAGCCGAUCACAGUAACCCAUUGCUGCUCUGGCUAAUACUUCCUCCAUAGUCCAAGCAGCACAGAGGGUAUGGGCUUCUGGGGACUCUCGUUUAGCAUUAACACAUUAUAAACGGUUUAACACUGGAAGGACAGCGCCAGGGGACUCCAGACACUAUAACCACUUCAAUGGGGUGUCCCUUUAAUAUGAACUGCACCCAGUUAUUCCAAACUCAUGCCUUGAUCUAACAUUGCCUACAUUAUUACAUUAUUCUAUGUCCUGAUCUAUCCAUUCCUAAAUAUAUGUGAGUGUGUUUUUUGUGUAGGGUUGUGCUUGUUUGCUAUCUGACUUGCCAUUACUCCAGUAAUGAUGUUGAUAUUGGGAUUAGGUGUAACUGUAGCUAUCAUUCUAAGAUUUAGAGAAGUAUAUUUUUAUCUGUCGCCAUAUUCUGUUUGUUCUUGAAGACUGUGACGUCCAGCUCUUCGGGAUGCAUGGUAUUAUCCAAAAUCCUGUUCAGUCGUGGCAGGAUGGAUGGACCCCUGCAUGCCGUAUCUUCAUUGAUGUGCCCCCGCAGUAUAAUAUCUUCAUACAUGCUCUGUACAUGAACCUCGAGACGGGAAGUAACGAGACAGACUCCAACUAUAUACUGGUGAGACCCCAGAGAUACUGACAGUGUUAGUUGUAAGCAGCCAUUGGGGUGAUCAAUAGGGGCAAAACAUAAAUGAGCCCCACCCUGCUUAUUAUUUAGAUUAUGGGUUAGCUCCUCCCACUCCACUGGCGGACCAGGAAAUAAACUUAAAAGAAGACAAAUAGAAUAUAACUAAUUUUUAAAGGACCCCCCAGCACCAUGAUCACUACAGCAUUUUGCACAGCUUUUCGUAGGGGGGUUUGGGCUGUGACUGUGGUUACCAUCCAUUUAGUUUUUACUUUGUUAUGGGAACACUAUGGUGUGUACCAUAACUACUUUACCAGCGCCCUUUUGGUCCCUCUGGCGCUUCUCGAUGACUCCGUGAGCUACAGACAGCAUUCUGAGUCGUCGACUGAGCUCCAGAACCAUAAAGCACUCUUAACGUUGUCUGUACCUGAAAUUAGUGUUGUUAUGGUACUUAGAAUGUCCCCUUGGAUACAAAAUAAGAUGAAUUAGUAUGAAAUGUUGUUCAUUCACCUGUACUUUUCUACCGUCUAGAUCCGUGACUUAAAAACAUCGACAGCAUUUCACGGAAACCACAUGUUUCUUUGGAGCUCUUCAGGAAGCCAGGCAGAAAUAGAGUUUCACGGGGAAUUUUCGAAAGAGAUUGUCAGCUUCCAGGCCGAGUACUGGGCGCAAAAUCAAAGGCAGAGAAGCAGAAGACAAGCUACCCAUGGCUGA